CCUUGUUGGACCCGGCCUUUGCCGCUUCGCGUCUGAAACCUUGUCUAAUUACGGAAGCCAAAUUGCCGUUCCGUUUCUCAAAUGGCUGCUGCGUCUUCCUCUUCCUCUUCGCUUCCCUCCUCGCGACCCUUCUCACCUCCAUCUUCAAUUCUCAUCAUUGGUUCUGGCGUCUUUGGGCUCAGCACUGCCUUGGCCCUCGCCCGUCGCGAUGCCUUCUCUCAAUGCUCGAUAACCGUCGUCGACAGGUCGGACCCUUCCCAGCCUGGAACAUUCCCUUCACCAGACGCCGCCAGUAUCGACACCAGCCGGAUUAUUAGGGCCGAUUAUGCUGAUCCAGCGUACACGGCGCUGGGCGACGAGGCCCAAGUGCAAUGGCGCAAGCAAGAAACCCCCGCUGACUUAGGUGCCCAAGGGCGCUACCACGAGGCUGGGUUGCUUCUGGUUGGCGACCUCGCGCCGCCUGCGCCAUCAGCCGCCCCGGCGAGCGGGGGUCUGAAACCCAAGCUGACGGGCUUGGACUAUGCUCGUAUGAGCUGGGCCAACGUCGUGUCUCUGGCGUCUAAAGACCCAGCUCUUGCUGCCCGUGUUCGGGAGCUCCCCAACCCCGACGCCAUCCGCGAGGCGUUGGGAACGGGUGGCAGCUCUGGGUCAUGGGGCUACAUCAACAACAACAGUGGAUGGGGGAACGCUGGAGCCGCGAUGGCGUGGUCCUUUGACCAGGUUCAACAGACGGGACGCGUGGACUUCGUUCCCGGAACUGUCGUCUCCUUGGAAAGGGCUGAAGACACCGUCACCGGCGCCAAGCUCUCCGACGGCCGCGUCUUGUCCGCCGAUCUGGUUAUCGUCGCCGCGGGUGCAUGGACCGGCGGCCUGGUUGACUUGGCCGGGCAGGCAGUGGCCACCGGCCAAGUCCUCGCCUACAUGGACAUCACCGAAGCCGAGCAAGAGGAGCUCGGCAAGAUGCCUGUCAUCCUCAACCUCUCCACCGGCCUCUUCAUCAUCCCGCCGACCGACCGCGUCCUCAAGAUCGGCCAGCACGCCUACGGCUACCUCAACCCGGUCACACCCUCCAACCCACCCCUCCCUCUCUCCCCAACCUCCGCCACCACCACCCAAACCCAAACCCCAACGCCCAUCUCCCUCCCCCUCACAGCCCUCACCGACCCGGACCUCAACAUCCCGGCCCGAGCAGCAGCCGACCUCCGCGGCGCGCUGCGCGAGAUGAUUCCGUGGCCGGCGCUGCACGACCGGCCCUUCAGCAAGACGCGGCUGUGCUGGUACUCGGACACGGCCGACGCCGAUUUCCUGGUCGACUACCACCCGCACUGGCGCGGCCUGUUCGUGGCGACGGGCGACAGCGGGCACGCCUUCAAGUUCCUGCCCGUCGUCGGCGACAGGGUCGUCGACUGCAUCAUGCGGGACUGCCCGGUGCAGUUUCGCGGGAAGUGGGAUUGGAAGGUUACCACCGAAUCUACGUGGGCUGGGACUGGAGUGGCCGCGUUUACGGAGGAUGGGACGAGAGGGGGUACGCCGGGGUUGGUUCUGGCGGAGGCACUGGGCGAGAGAGCGGUGCCUUUGCAGUGAGGGGACAGAGCCUCGGGCGAGAAUGGGCAAUGGGAAAAAGAGGGUCACGAAACAUGAGAUGAUGGUAUUCGACGGCAGCAAAAACCACGACUGAAGAACGCCACGAGUCUCGACCCGCCGCCAUGCCCUGGCCGUAAAGCUAAGCCUAGCAGCGAAUAACGAAACUCUGCGAUAGAGCAGUUAAGGCCUACGCCAUCAUCCUUUUGUGUCGGGGUCGCGAAGGCUUCCCCGAUCACGGCAGUUGCCUCUCCAUGGGUUGUUUUAGUCCAGACAAUACUGUGUCAAACCUCCUGCUGCUACCACUUCUGGGUGCCGAUGACGAGCUUCAGGUGAACUAAAAUUGUGCCAGCGUCCCAUCAACACCCGAAGCAGAAGCGGGCAAUUGUGCAGGCAGCAGCUCUGCUCCCAAAU